AUGUCUUCGUCGUACAUGGGGGAUAAGAAGCCCGACGAACCUGGGUAUCCGUUGCCGUCCCGCUUCGACUCGCCGAAUCCCGUAUACGGCUCCUACACUGUGCCGCCCAAACCAUACCAACCCUAUCAAAGCGACGUGGGAUACCAGCAGUAUCCCUCAUACCCCGUGCCGGAACAGCCCAUUUACCAGCCAUACCGUCCGCCCGGAUCACCCAGCGCCGACCAGAGCAGUGUCAACCCUUAUCGCUACCACUCGAAAGGUACUGGCGGCCACGUGGAUCGCGAGGAGCAGCCAAGCAGCUACGUCCCUCCGCAAGAUCAUUAUGUACCUCUGCAUUCUCCGCCGCAGCAGGACAGUGGACUAUAUCCUUCGGAAACCAACGCGCAGCAAAGCCCCUAUGGUUUUGACGCAGAGAACGGCCGCCGCCGCCGCAAGGGCCCGAAACAACCACGGCCAGCAGUCAAGGAGCCCCUUACGUUUGAGUUGAAUCCGCUGGAGCCCCAAGACGUAACCAUUCACAUGUCCCUCGAUGCGACAGACGACGUGGAAGAUGUCCUCGAAGAGUUCUCCCGCCUGCGGAGAUUGGGCCGCUUCAACGACGCCGCUCGGCAUUUCGACGCGCACUUGGAGCACUUUCUCGAUAACAAAUACGUCCUGACACAGUACGGUCGCUUUCUCGCCGAACGAGUCAAUUCAAGCGAGUUCGCCAAGCUCGCGAAGCGGUUUCCACCACAAGAGGCCGCGGUCGACGAUGCGUUGGAGCUCAACUGGGAUCUCCUCGUGUACCUGAUGGGAUUGGACAGCGAUGUUGAAACCCCAGUGCUGCAAGACGUCGACAAGCUUGGGGACAAGGCGCUGGACCAUUUGCAAGAGAGCUUUCCGAAUCUCGAUUCUACAGAGAUGGAGCUUUUGCAUCUUGUGCUCAUUUGUUCUGCAGCCUCGCUCGACGACUUCCAGGAGCGUUUCAGUCCCUACACGUUCGCCGACCUAUAUUCUCACCUGUGGAGGCAAGGCAUGGUGUGGGAGCUAUGCAGCCUCUUUCUCGCGCUCGAACCCAUUUGCGGCGUGGAAACAGUCUUGCGGAUGUUCUUCCCUUACUUCAUGGACAGUCCGCUAUCGUCGUCCGAUGAAGGCGGCGUUCGACGCCUCGUGGAAGAUUGGGACAGCCCAGAUGAGGCAUCCGCGUUCGCUCUGGUCGACCUCUUCACCUCACUCGCGCUCGCCUACAUGAAGCUCCCCAGGAAGAGGAAAAUCAUUGACCUAUGCCUGGACCACGCCAGCAAGUAUGCUAGCGCCUUGAUCUCAACGGACACGCAUAACCUCAAGUCUCGGCCCUGCCUCCGCUAUACAAUGGCUGGGGUCCUACUGGAGAGCUACGACGACGACGAAGGCGACCAACGGCCGAUUCCCCUGUCGCUGGACUCUGGGGUUGCAGGGAGUAUCUUCACGACCAGGUAUCUCUUUCCGCGGGCCAGCCUGCCCUUGUACGCGCCGCUCGAAGAUGAGAAGCCGUUGUGGUUGCCACGCAAGACGAAGACCUCACGAACCGCAAGGCUCACUACGAAAGCAGUGAUGAAGGCUGCGGAGGACCUGGGUGACGUCGAGAUGCAAGAAGCCUGUCUUCUCGAAGCGAUGGAGCAGGGUGAGGAGGCGCCCGAGCUCGUUGUGGAAAAGCUCGAUGCCCUGCAGGCCACCCUGGGCAGUGGCUUGGCUCGCCAGAGCACGUUGUUGUUCCGGUAUAUGCUCAAACAGACACCGGCCUCUUUGGAAGAGCUGCGACGCGACAUUCUCGCCCAAGGAGAGACUGGGCGGCGCAGUACAUGGCAGGACUAUUCUCAGUGCCUGAUCGUGCGAGCCUUGACGUCCGGGAAACGGGCCAAGGAAGCCUACCAGAAGAAAGCGGAUGCGAUUGAGGAACUUCUGGACCCGCGGGAACGAGAGCGACAGACCUACAGAGUACAGAGCGGCGUCUAUCCCGUCGAAGCCUACAGGGCUCCUCCAGAAAGGCCUGUGCAGCAACAACAGCAGCCGCAACCGCAACUACAGCCGCAGCCGCAGCCACUGCAACAGCCGCAGCCUUAUCCGGCGCCACCAGGGCCCGUGUACUUCAAUCUGACCGUCGUCAACCCGCCAGUCGAGCUUGAUUCAUCUGAGCAGGCCAGGUACAAGCUCGCGCCUCGUGGAGCAGGUAGUUCAGACAAGCAAGGCGUGAACAGGAGGAAGAAGGAGGUGACGUGGAAGGCAGACGCGAAGCUCGCGACCAAGUUGGGGCCUGGGGACGACGAUGUUAUCGGUGCGACGAUGUCUGUGGUGCCGGAUCUGCCCCUGUACACGCCCAGCACAUUGUACGACUAG